AUGGUCCACGCCCGACGAUCUCCGAUUUUUUUUAAAUUUGAACAAUGUGAGAAAUGCCCAGGAAAACUGAGUGUCGAAAAUAACUUAAGAGCGAUUUUCGAAGAAGCUGUAAUUUCCCAUGAUGAUAAUCGCAGUUCAUUGAUUUCCGUACAGGAUACAGAUUUUGGAUUAAAAGCAGAAUGGCACUUUUUUGCAACUUUUCAUGGUAAAAGUCCUUGCGAUGGAAUUGGAGGGACAACAAAAAGAUUGGUUGCAAGAGCAAGUUUGCAGGCAUCAACAAAAGAUCAGAUAUUGAACGCCAGAGAUUUUUACACAUACGCUGAUGCGAAAAUAAAUGGUAUUAAAUUUUUUUGUGUAGACAAAAAAGAAAUUAAAGAUCUGCUAGGAAUGCUGGAAAAAGAUUUAGGUCAGCAGAUAAAAUAA